AUGCCGAAGCCGACGGAGUCGAUGGACGUGAACCAGUACACGCGGCACAAGUCCUACGCGUACCACAACAAUCUGCACCACGACGCGCACCGGAGCACGGGCCCCGUGCUGAGCGUCUUCGGCGCCGAGCCGCGGUCGGCGUCGGCGCCGGCGCAGCACGAGGGCGAGGGCAUCCUGGCGCUGCUGGACCCGCGGGAGCCGCCGUGCCACUACUUCGCCGUCGUCACGCAGGAGUUCCUGACGCUGUCGCCGCUCAUGAUGAAGGGCGCGGUCGUGAGCAAAAAGGCGUACGGGAGCCGCAAGUACAGCGGCGUCGAGGGCAGCACGAAGCUCGACAUGAAGCUCGUCAACUCGGCCAAGGACGAGGUCGCGCGCGCGCUGGAGACGACGGCGAACAUCUGCCUCGAGGAGAUGAAGACCGCGGAGGAGCAGGGCGUCAAGGCCGCGCGGCGGUCGAGCCGCGCGGUGGCCCGGAAAGUGAAAGAGAAGGCGCUCGCCGCGUCCGACUCCGCGGAGCGCCUCCACCAGGCGAUGUUGGACAAAAAGGCGGGCCGGCGCGCGUCGAGCACCGUGGCGACGCCGAAGACGGCGGCCGUCGUCGACACGCGCCUGCGCCACGCUCUGAAUCCCGCGGCCGUCGCGCCCGACGCGCCGUCGGACGCGCCCUUCGACUACUUCCCGUCGGCCGAGGUCGUGCGCAUCCCGCUGGCCCAGGUGCGCCAGGUGCGGACCUGCCCGACGAUCCUGCGGCGGCGCGCGCUCGAGGAGCAGGAGGCGGACUUCGGGCGCGAGAUCGACUUCGAGCACAAGUACUCGCUCGACAACUUCGAGUUCGAGGACCCCACGCUGGAGACGCACAGCAUCCGCGUGACCGUCACCGUGGAGCGGCGCCAGCCCUUCGACUUCAUCACCUACAAGGAGGGGUCCGUGCUGCCCGACGAGUUGCUGAGCGCGCACCGCGUCGCGCUCGCGCGGCUGGUCCUGCGCCUCCCCCCGUCGAACGUCAUCGAGACCGAGGUCGCGGCGCUGCGCAUGACCCACGGCUUCGACGUGGCCCCGGGCGAGGCCGACGCCAACGACGCGCGGUUGCUCGUCGCGGACCUCGAGAGGUCGCUCUGCGGAGGCCACGACGCGGAGCCCGAGUCCGACAGCGACGACGACGACGCGGUGCGGACGCUGCGGCAGCGCGAGCGCGACGCGAAGCGGGAGCAACUGCUCCAACGGCGCGGCGCGGAGCUCAUGCGGCCGGACCUGCCCCAGCGCCACCGGCCCGAGGACCUGCCGCGGCGCCGGAGCGCGCGGCGGCCGCGGUCGCGCGUCCAGGUCGAGAUGCUCCGGCGCCAGGCGGGCUACGCGCCCGUCGACGACGCGGACCUCCUGUUCGAACUCGAGGGGGACAUGCAGGUCGACGUCGCGCUGAAGCGCGCGUUCUUCAAGGCGCCGAAACUGAUCCGGAAGCUCGUCUCGUGGAUCGAGCACAUCGGCGCGGACGUCGACGCCGUCGCGACGGUGUCGCUGGGCGAGCGCGACGACGGCGACGACCACGACUCGCUGAGCGCCGGGUCCCUGGACCACUCGAACCGCGUCCGCGACGCGCAGCUCGCCGUCGCGACGCGCGGCUUGGCGGCCGUGCGCUUCCUGCGGGCCGCGCUCCACGACUCGCGCGGCGUCUCGGAGCGGUUCCGCCUGCUGCGCACGCACAAACUGACGCCGGAGCGCAUCGUCGACGCCUGCAGCGCCGACCACUUCAACCACACGGACCACCGCGACGACGCGGCGGACGCGCGGCUCCGCCACGACGCGCGCGUCGCGCGGCACCAGGCCCAGCACUGGACGCCCCACGCCUUCCACCUGCCGUCGGAGCGGAAGCGGCGCGACGCGAACCGCGAACUGCUCGCCAAGUCGCGGGAGAACUUUUUGCGGAACCACCUCACGCCGUUCUUCCAAAAUCCCGUCGACGCGCCGACGGGCGAGACGCCCGACUCGAGGCUCGAGACGCCCAAGGCGCGGCUCGCCUUCCACCCGUCGACGAAGGGCCUCGAGCGACGCGACGACGCGUCGCCCGCGGACCUCGCCGAGGCCGUCCGGCGCCUCGCGACGCCGUCGUCGAAGCGCGAGACCGUGUCGUACCGGCAGCUCCAGGAGGCGAAGGAGCACGGCGAGGCCCUGGCGGACGUCGCCCUGCGCCUCGCGACGCCCGCCGCCGCGCGGCGCAAGACGGCGCUCCUCCAGAGCGCGUCGCGGAGCCUCGCGAGCCCCGGCGACGGGCUGCGAUCCGCGGCGAAGAACCUCGCGGGCCCCGCGGCGAAGCUCCGGCAGGCCGCGCGCCUCGUCGUCGACGACGACGACGACGCGAGCGUGGCGUCGUCCGCGUCCCGGGCGCCGUCGUCCGUGUCCCAGGCGUCGUCCGGGUCGUCCGCGCUCUUCCUCGCGGCGCAGCGGAUGCAGCGCGACGAGGAGGCCAAGGCCGCGGACAAGUCCGACCGGCUCCGCAGGACGCUCAAGGAGGCGGCGGACCUCGAGGCCGCCGAGGACGCGAAGACGUCCGACGCCGCCGCGCGGCUCGUCGCGUCCCUCGGCCGCGCCGACAGCGUCAAGACGCUCGAGAGCGGCUCGAGCUCGCUCGGCUCCGAGGACCUCGGCGCGGCCGUCAACGACGCGCCGCCGCCGCCGUCGUCGAGCAGCAGCGGGCCCUACGCGGAGGAGACGGCCUUCUUCGUCAAGGACCGCGACGCGGCCAUCGCCUACAGCGACAUCCCGCCGCGGCCGGGCGCGCGGCCGAAGCCGCCGCCGGCCGUCGCGCUCUUCGCGCGGCUCCUGGACGCGCAGGCGGACCUGCUCGUCGAGAUCGACGAGCUGACGAGCGCGCGCUUCCGCGAGGACGACCCGCCCAUCUGGGUCGACAUGGGCCAGCGGCAGAUGGGGCCGCACUGGGUCCUCUCGUCCGUCGCGGCCGACGACGCCCGCGCGAGCCCGCUGCUCUGCGCGCUCGUGGAGCGCUGCAUCUCCCUCGGCCUGUCCAUCUCGCGCACGGGGCCGUCGCUGCCGUCGCCGUCGAAGCGCGCGCGCGCGCGGCAGGUGACGGCCGUCGGCGACCUCCGGAGCCCGCGCGCGGGCGACCGGUCGUCGCGCGGCGCGACGGAGCCCGCGCUGGCGCUGCUGGCGUGCUCGCACCUGCUCCUGGGGCUGCUCCAGGCGUCCUACGUCAUGCGCGAGAUCGCCGCGUCCGAGUGCGCCGACGAGGUCGACGACUUCCUGCUCCGGGACGAGUUCUACGACGCGCUCGAGGCGAACCGCGUCACGCGCCUCGCGGCGUCGAACCUCCGCGAGGCGACGCGCGUCAUCCGCCAGGGCGAGGAGACGGCCAAGGCCGCGCACCGCAAGCAGCGCGGGGGGGACAUCACCCACACGUAA